AUGUUGGCUUCUACUGCUUGUGUCCAUGAACUUGAGAAAUUAAGGCACAGAGAGGUUAAAUAGAGCCAGCAAGGGAUAGAACCUGGAUUGGGGCUAAGUGGCUUAACUCUAGAACCAUCACUCUUAGUUCAGACACAAGCUCCAGUUGGAAGGGGCUGCCCAGAUGCCCUGCAGGCUGGACAUGAGGCUGGAGGCACCUUUCAGGAGGAUCUGGACUCACCUAGAGAGCCUACCAGCACUGUGAGAGCCACUGCUGCUCCCUGCAUCCUGCCCACCUGUUUGGCCCAGGAUCCCCCCUGCUCAGUGCUUUCUAAGGAUGCGGCACUGCUAGCAGUCCAGCCAGCAGCACUCCCUGGUCAGUGGCUGUCCAGUGCCCCAGUCAGCUCAGCCACGACCAAGGCCCCCCAUCCCUCCGUCUGGGGGCUCUCCUCUUCCCUGCAUCACCAGCGUCCUGCGAUCUCGCCUGUCGAUGCCCAGCUCUCGCUUGAUGUCUCAGUUCCGGAACAGAGAUGCUCCAGCUGCUACCUGGGAAGGUUCUGGCCCCAAAAAUAUUUAGUUAGCAGCCCUUCAGUUAAGUGGAAUUGA